AUGUCAGCAACGCCGAGCGUCACGUCGAUUCUCGCUCCGGACUGGGGCGAGGACUUGUCCGCCACCGAGCUCAUCGCUCAAGAAAAGUCCAACCUGCACAAGGAGCUCGAGUGGCUGCUUCGCAUGGAGGUGCCUGCCGUCUUUAUGCAGCUCGGGCUCAUGCUCAAGGACUGCGCGCAAACGCUCGCUGGACCGUCCGGCGUCUCGUCUGCCGUGGCUCAGGCAAGCGUCUUCACUGCUCCCAUCACCAACACAUCUGAUUCUGUCAAAGGAUUUGCCAUGCUCGAGGGAUCGCGCAUCAUCAAAGCGGAUGUCACCGUCAGGUUCUCCAAGUGGAACAAGUCUCUGCCAAUAUCGACCUCCAUCACAUCAAAGGAGCCCUGGAUAUUAUCUCAGAUCCAAAACGCCACCAACUAUGUUCAGUUGGCACUGUCAGAGUUGGAUGAUUCUAGUCUGCAACAUGGUCUCUUUCACACCCGGGAACAAGUUCAAUCGGUCAUGGAUCGCGUUAUGGCCUUCUUGCGGAAAGCCCAGGAUCAGCUGUUGUUCCAAUCCAAUCUUUUCCCCUACAAUAUCGAUGAUCUACAGCUGGUAACGGAACCAACAGGCGUCUUGAUGCCAUUGGCUUCUUUUUCUCCACCAACGCGUUUCUGCAUUGUUGUCGCUCACCUCGAUUCCUCCAUGCUCUUGGUUUGUCUGAUCACAACCUCCCAGAACGCGUUCAACCCUCGACUCCCGGCAGAUUUGUUUGUGGACUUUUCCAUCAACUACGCUGCCUUGAAUGUCUCGGUUACGUUCCGAAAGGGGUUCUUUCUCUCUCUCUUUGCUGUCGUUUGA